AUGCCGACGUUAGCAGCCAUAGACGUCUCGGUCUGCGACGACCAGAUAAGCCUCGUCUUCUCGCACCGCGCCCUCGCCGCCGCCUACGCCGCCUACCUCGAUGCCGAAGAUUCGCGGCCGCCUUAUGCGCAGGCUGUGGGGGGUUACCGACGACUUGCCGUGUAUCAUGCCGCGUCCAAAGAAGUCACGCUAGCCAUGCCCAGCUUCCUCACAUGGUUCAUCACCAUGCGGCAACCAGACGACGAGGACAGCGUGACGUUUACUUUCUCGGAUGCGGAUGAGGACCAAGCGAGGGCUUGGGCAGAGAGCGUGGUGCUCUUUGAGCCACCGGUACCGGGAACGGUAUAUGAUGAGGAGGACGGGGCCAAGCAGCUGCAUGUGAAGAGGUUGUGGAACAGGGAGAAGUUGUUGCAGAGGCUGGAGGAGUUGAAGAAGGUCAGAAGCAGGGUCACGACAGUGUGCUCUCUUAAGUCGACGAGGUCGUCGCCACGGUCGUCGCCAAAAGAGGGAUCCAAGGACGGUUUGCCGUGGUAUGAACGGCAAGAUUAUGGGUAUGGAUAUCGGUAUGCAGGGGUGGGGCAGACGAAGGAGCUGACGAUCCUGGCGCCGUUGCCGAAGCGAGUGGCACUGCCGCAACAGAUGACAACGACGGGGCUGUUUCAUGGGGAAUGGUGGUAA